AUGGACGACAUAAUGAAGAAGAAAAAAAAAAAAAAAAAAAAAACCAAAGUGACCCUGGAGACUAUCCAAAAGGAACACACCUCCGUGUUGCAAAAAAAAAAAACAGAUGUAUACAUAACGUCAGGAAAGCCAAUAAAAAUUUAUUAUGACAGAGUAAUUAAGGUUCUUAAUAGUGGAACGAAACAAUUGGAUUUGAUAAUUGAUGGGGACAACAGACAACCGAACAAUCUAUGUAACCCAUCCGAAGGAGACCAAGUGUCCAUUUAUGCCGUUGGAACAAAUAUUCUUAGAGCAUCAUACAUCUUGCAGGAUGUUAUCAACUUUUAUUGUAAUUUUAUAAGGAAGGUACAGCAGAUGGCAAGGAAAGAUAAAAAGCAAAAGUUUGCCGACGUUUUCUCUUUCAUUAAUGUAGACGUUAUAAGCAAAACACUACAUAUGAAUGAUACCGUGAUAUCGAACACAUACACCGUGAAGGAGGAGUUCCUACAGGAUGACUACGAUGCUGUUAUUGCCUUUGCAAAGCAACCUUAUGAUCCCGCUUUGCACAAGUACAGGGAGAGAACCAAGGAGCGACGAGUUACCGCAGUCGUCAUCUCGAUAAAGAAGAAUCCCACCAUGUUGUAG